GGCGGAGCUGGUGCCCGGGACGGGGCGGGGCCUCCCGAAAGCUCCUACUCUUGUCCUCUAGAGAAGACUAGGGCUUAAAGGACAUUCUGAGGUUCCCUGAUAAGGUAGGACGUCUGUCCCUAUUAGGUAUAAUACUGCCCGCCGCACCCCGAGGGUUCCCUCUGUGUAAGACGCAGAUGAUCUAGCCCAGCGGCGGCGCUGGCCGCCGGCCUCCCGCCGAGACGCCUGUGAAGCGAAGGGCACAUGGCGCACGCAUGCGCCAAGGCGCAGCUUGGACGCGGGAGCCGCUGAGCCGCUUCUGAGAUCAUUGCUAGGGAAGAACUCUGGGUACCAUAAGGAACACAACGUAUGUGAUGAUGGCUCAGAUCUUAAGAUCUCAUCUGAGAAGUGCUUCAGUGAUUCCUAAUCGAAUGAAAAUGGGUCCAUGUCUUGGUGUCAUAAGAACUAGAAUGAUGUCAACCCAUAAAUCCAAAAGGAAUAUGAGAGAAUAUUAUGGGCUGCUGAACCUGGAUGAAGGCUGUUCUGCAGAUGAUGUCAGGGAAUCUUUUCGUAAGCUUGCCAAGCAAUACCAUCCAGACGGUGGCUCUAGUACUGCUGAUUCUGCAACGUUUAUAAGGAUUGAAGAAGCUUACAGGAAGGUACUUUCCCACGUGAUAGAACAGACAAAUGCUAGACAGAGUAAAGUUGAAGACACAGAAGAAGAAGAAGAAAAAUUCAAAUAUAAAACACCCCAACACCGGCAUUACUUAAGUUUUGAGGGUAUUGGUUUUGGGACUCCGAGUCAACGAGAGAAGCAGUACAGGCAGUUUAGAGCAGACCGUGCAACUGAACAAGUGAUGGAAUACCAAAAGCAGAAACUGCAAAGCCAGUAUUUCACUGAUAGUGUCACUGUUAAAGAUGUAAGACACAGUAAGGAACGAAAGAUAACUCAGGCAAUAGAGCGUUUGGUGGAAGAUCUCAUUCAGGAAUCAAUGGCAAAAGGAGACUUUGACAAUCUCAGCGGGAAAGGAAAACCUCUGAAAAAAUUUUCUGGCUGUUCAUAUAUUGAUCCUAUGACUCACAACCUGAACAGAAUAUUGAUAGAUAAUGGAUACCAACCAGAAUGGAUCCUAAUGCAAAAGGAAAUAAAGGAUACCAUUGAUCAACUCAGAGAGGCAAUUUUAGUGUCGAGGAAAAAACUUGGGACUCCAAUGACAUCAGCUGAACAGAAACAGUGGAACCAAGUUUGUGAGCAGUUUCAAGAAAACAUCAAAAAGCUAAAUAAGCGAAUUAAUGAUUUUAAUUUAAUUGUUCCCCUUCUGACCAGGCAGAAGGUCCAUUUUGAUGCACAGAAAGAAAUUGCCAGAACCCAGGAAAUACACAUGACCCUUAUAAAAACAAAAGAAGUCACGGAUAAAAACCCAUAUAACAUUGAUCCGGGAGAAGGAGAGAAAACACCUGGAGUUAAGACCAGUUUCUUUAACUGGAUGAAUGUGUGGAAAUUUAUUAAAAUAUGACCAUCUCAAUGUUCACAGUACUGCCCCAAAUAAUUUUCAGUAGUAUUAACACCACACAUAGAGGCUGAGGUUUCUUUCUAUCACAGAAGAGUCUGAGAACUGUGCAUCUCUGUACUUUUCACAAAACAACCCACAUCUACAGUGAUGUGUAAUUGAGUGAGAGAACUGUUGGAAACCAAAUCAGAGAAAUAUUCAACCAGCUUUGUUCUGAGGACAUAGCAAGACAAGAGGAAACAACUUAAUACUGACACAAGUUUAUUAAAGCACAAAACUAACCUAAGACCUUUGGGACAUUCUCUAUAUGGUUGGAAACAUUAAGAUAGGAAAUUAGUGUAAUGGAGUUCCAGCACUCUUCUUUUCUUUUCUUUUUUUUUUUUAAUAAAGGCCUUCUCUCUGGGUACUGAAUAAAGAAACCACCAAACAUCUAA